GAGGUAAAUAAAGAAACGUCAUGGAUCAGAUGACGUUCUCACUCUUGCAGCACUAAGCUGGUCAGCAGAGUGAUGGUGAGAGCACACGAAAGUACAUUGGUAGAAACAGGAAGCAGCGAGGAAAAGGCGAAAGUGUCAAAGGAUUAAGUGGUGCCGUAGAAGAACACCGAGCCAUACCGUGUGUGCUGAAAUUCAUGGAAACUUUUCACAUUUGAAAGAUUACUUUUGGAGCUCACCAGUCAACUAGAAAAUGUCUGCAUUCAACGCUGUUCCGUGCGUUUUGUUGACGCACGAAGCUCAAGAGUGGAGGACGGUGGGGGUUUCAGUCAACUAGCCUGCUAGUCAGCUAGGUUAGCUAGCUGGCAUUGGCGCGGUGUUAACAAGAUGAUCUCUGGUCUCGAUUGUAAUGAAUAUUAAUACAUGUGACUUUUUGGGUUCCCACCGUAAUGUAAUGUGGCCAGAUUCAGUUCAUUUUGGUUCUCAAUUGGAAACAUUUAAUGCACUUUUUUCGUGGUGAGCAACACUGCUGUUUAACGCUAGCUGCCAGUUAGCACGCUGUCUGCUGUGCUGUCAACAGUCAGGUAACGUUGCCGCUGUACUAGUAUGGAGGGAGAGAUGCAUGUUAUCAUCAGCGUACGGUUACAUAACAAAUCGGGACUGUAUCGUUGUAUCCUCUCUGUAAAGCGCGGAGACUGUUGACAUCUUCAUUCAAAAAGAAGACAUUAUGAGCAUUAUUUGACAUCCAGAAACUAGUUUAAAUAUUUACGGAGAUGGAUUCGAACCCCCUUCUAAAUGCCAUGGACCCGUCCAUCACACUGUGGCAGUUCCUGCUGCACCUUCUGAAGGACCAGAGCCAACGCCAUCUCAUCUCCUGGACGUCUGCAGAUGGGGAGUUUAAGCUGCUGGAUGCAGAGGAGGUGGCUCGCCUCUGGGGGCUCCGCAAGAACAAGACCAACAUGAAUUACGACAAGCUCAGCCGCGCUCUCCGAUACUAUUACGACAAGAACAUAAUCAAGAAGGUGAACGGCCAGAAGUUUGUGUACAAGUUUGUCACCUACCCAGACCCCUCGGCAGCAGGGGAGGGGCUACCUGCCGGGGAGGACGGGCUGCAGAGGGAGAGUGGCGACAUGGCAAACCAAUCCCAGCUUCCAGUGGGCGGGGCCUCUACCUGUCAAUCAACCGGUCUGCAGGCCCAGCGUUGUUCCCCCGGGGGCGGGCAGCGGAGCUCCAGGAACGACUACAUGAAGUCCGGCCUCUACUCGACCUUUACCAUCCAAUCACUGCAGGGGCCUUGCAAGAACUCCAAUCAAAGGCCAAUCAAAACUGAGCUGAUGCUAACGCACGACCACACCCCCAAAGCUGCUGUCGCUGACAGCAUGAUGCUGAGAGAGGUGUGUGUGGUGGCGUCAGAAGCACAGUCCUCUCUGCCAGGGUGUGGCAGUAAUGAGUCCAGUCUGCAGGUGAUCGUCACCCAGCCCUCACCGUGUGCCACGCCUGCUCUCAGCCCACAAACACCCUCGGGCUCCACCCCCAACAGCACGGUCCAGUCCCAGAAGCCCCAGGCUCUGAGUGACCCGCCCCAGAUCUACCUGAGCAGCGCGUCCGACCCCCUCACCCGCUUCCUCCCUCAGGGGCAGAUCGGGGAGCCGGAGGGGGCCCCGGGGCCUCAAGGGGAAUGUGUGGUGGGUAACCCCCCUACCCACUCGGUCUACAUGGUGAUAAAACCGUCCCUGAAGGAGGAGAGAAUGGUGCCAGAGGGGCAGCUUCUGGAGAUGGUCAUACAAGAAAAACACAGAGAAGAUGUUCCCAAGCCUGCAUGUGGACCAGGGGUACCGGACACACCCUUGCCUAUCGAUUUGCCCCCUCCCUGUGUGGAGCCGGGGGGGCAGCCGGGGGGUGAGGGUGAAGGCGAGGGCAAGGACCAGGCUACGCUGCCAGAGAACUCCCAGACCCCGUCCGUGGCCAUCUCCUCGCCCACCCCGCAGGAGAGCCUGCCCCCCAAGGCCAAGAAGCCCAAGGUGCUGGAGCUGCCCUCCUGCCCCACCCUGCUGCCCCCGGGGCUGAGCCUGGACAAGGUCAACGCUGCCGUCAACUCCCUGCUGGCCCCGGGCAGUGCCACCAACACCCUCACGCCCUCCGUCAUCACCUCACACUCCCUGACUCCAGUAUUGCUGACCCCAAGCCCCCUCCCCUCCACCAUCCACUUCUGGAGCACACUCAGUCCCAUCGCCCCUCGCAGCCCGGCCAAGCUCUCCUUCCAGUUUCCCACCAACGGCAGCAACCAGAUCCACAUCCCAGCUCUGAGUGUAGACGGCUUGUCCACCCCUGUGGUCCUAUCGCCUGGCCCCCAGAAGCCCUGAGGACCAGCCGGCCCUGCUGUAGCUGCUUCUGGCCUGGUCUGGGGCCUGGUCUGGGGCCUGGUCUGGGGCCUGGUCUGGGGCCUGGUCUGAGGCCUGGUCUGAGGCCUGGUCUGAGGCCUGGUCUGAGGCCUGGUCGGAGGCCUGGUCGGAGGCCUGGUCGGAGGCCUGGUCGGAGGCCUGGUCGGAGGCCUGGUCGGAGGCCUGGUCGGAGGCCUGGUCUGAGGCUCAACUGGAUCUGUCUCUCGGCCAGCCUGCUUCUGGUCCCACUAUGACUGGGAGAGCCCUGCUGGAGACUUGUCUCCUCUGCUUGUCUUUCCUCUGUCCUCUCCUACAAACUGGAAGCCCUCCAGACCCUCUCUCCAGACCCUCUCUCCAGACCCUCUCUCCAGACCCUCCCUCCAGACCCUCUCUCCAGACCCUCUCUCCAGACCCUCUCUCCAGACCCUCCCUCCAGACCCUCUCUCCAGACCCUCUCUCCAGACCCUCUCUCCAGACCCUCUCUCCAGACCCUCUCUCCAGACCCUCUCUCCAGACCCUCCCUCCAGACCUUCCUUCCUUCAGGGGUUGAGACAGAGGAGCAGCAACUAAGCCCUGAUGAGGCUUAGUUCACUUCACAGUGUGGGAAGGAAUGGCAUGUGUGGGAUGACACCACAGUUCUCCCCUCCCCCCGUGAGCCUAGGUCAUGGGUAGCUUGGGGAUGCUUAGGAGCACCAGAGAGGGCCGGUUUUUUAAUUUUAUUUUUUUUAAACAAUUUUUGUGUUAUUUAUUUUUGUCUUGAUGGAUUUGGUAUUUUGGUGCAUCUCUCUGUCUUUUGAAGAUUGCUAAUUUUGCCUGAAUUUGAACUUGAUAUGAAUAUAUCUUUGAUUCUCCCAAUGAAAAAAAGCACUUGACUGUAUAAAUGGGAUAUGUCAUGAGAACAUUCACCAGUCAUACUAGACUGUCUGGCCAAGGGUUUUAUAUGAUGCAACUGAUUGCUUAUUUUCAUAUAUUCGAUAAAGCAGCAGCCAGUCACGGCAAAAGAAAAGUUGGACAACUGACCGGCACUUAAGAUGUUACAGUUAGUGGAUGUCCUCCCUGCAUUGACUGUUCCAUCCAUAGGAAAGUCUUUAAAGGCUUCGAGUCUGAACUUUCUAUCUUUUAUAAUCAUGGAAUAGACCACGUUGAGAGCUAUGUAAAAACAAAUCUCUAGGCUGGAAUUAAACUUUGACCUUGGACAAGUCAAACUAACUUUUUAACACAGCGGAAACUGUUAAAACCCAUGAACAUGUUUUAAUGUUUCCGUUUAUAACUUCUUCUUUUUUCACGGAAACUUGGAUCAACAUUCCAUAUUUUCAUGAAACAAAAUGUAUCCUGUAAUUUGAAAAACUCUGCUCAUUCCAGGUUUUCCUCCUCUGCCUUUGUUGUUUUCUACUGCAGAAUGUUGUCCCUGUUUCAGGUGAUUUUUGGCCAAAGACCUGCUGUGGAGAUUGAAUCACACAAGGAUUUCAGUGGUGGUUUUGCUUUCAUUCACCCAAGGGCUAUAACAUUUAACAUCUUACCAAGCUACCCAACCCAGUCAGACGUCAUGUCCCCAGAGAUGGAUUCAAAUUGAUAGUCGUUUUGUGGAUGGUGUAUGUAGUCAGAUUACUCUUGGAAGACAAAUCUCUGAUUGGGUUCAAACGUAUGCUAAUAACACCCGUUCUUAGUGUUGAUUUGACUUGUUAACCACAGCUAGUCUUAACAUCACUAGUGGUCUAUCAAAGUCCUCAUUGAGAUCCUAUUAUGCUUUUGUAACAGCCUGAUAACCUGAAGUCCUGUUCAGUCCAGUCGCUUGCACCUGUUAAAUGCUGCUUUUUGUCUAUGCUUUGAUAUUUGUGACAGUACAAUAUCUGAAUAAUUGUAAUUGAUGAGCUGAAUCACCUCACACAGUCCUCUCUCUCACUUGUCAACUUCAAAAUAUGAAGAUUUUGAUUCCCCCCCUCAAAAUGCUUCUGAAUAUGGCUGCCUUAUGAAAAAAAAACUUACAAAAAAAAAAAAAACUUUCCCUACUUUACCUUGCAGUCACAAUUGAACAACAGAGGUCAGAAGGUUUGUGUGUUUCGGGGACAGAAGUGUCCCCUAGAACGUGAACUCAAUAACCUGCUGUCCAUGCCUGCAUCCACAUGUUGUAUAUGACUUGUGUAUCUGUGAGCCUGCUGUCUCACCAGCCAUAGCUUCUCACACACAGGUGCUCACAGAUCCAAAGAUAUCAUUGGCUCUGCACGGUUGCCAGGCAACCAUACUAAUGAUGUCAUCAUCUCCCAAUCAGCAGUUUAAUGGCAAACCCUCCACUUGAAUGUUUGGUUCUGCUGAGGAAAGGUUUGGGCAUAAAAGGGAUGUGAAUUUUACCUCCUAUCCCCUCCCCUUUUGGUGGCUAAAUAUACAGACUGUUGGCGUGGGAACGCAUGCUUAGCACUUUACCUUAAUCCCUGAAUCUCCAUGUCUAACCUUUCAGAGAGAAAACUGCCUUCUGUCUUUUUGAUUCCUAGUUUAAAUGUUCAUUAUCCGGCAUCAAAGUCUCUUUAGACUUCAACCAUUAAAAGUAGGCUUUAGCUGAUUAAUCCAUGGUUUAGGUUGUAGUCACAUCUUUUGUACUGGACUACAAAUCCCAGUUUUAUAGUGCAUUUUGUCCAUGCUUUGUUACUGCAGUAGUUGUGAUGAUAAGUAUGCCUCUAAUCUAGCAUGUUUGUUCGACUGAAGUCGUGUGACACGUUUACUCUUGCAACUGUGAGGUACACAAUUGUUUACCAUUGACCAGUUACCUUUCAUAACAUAAUGAAUGUUGACAAACUGCUCAAAGAGCUUUCCUUCUCCUUAAUUUUAACCGCUAAUUCAUACAUUUCUUAAUUCAGUGGCUGUAUCUGCUUGUUCCUGAACUCUGUGGUCCGAGUGUGUCUAAACGGUGAUAAUCCCACUCACAGAGGCAUGGCCCCGACUACAAGAUUACAUUUGUUCAGCCAUUAAGCUGAUGUGAGCGUUGCCGCUGACCCAGUCACAUUUUAUAGUAAAAAAUGAAAUGAAAUGUUGGAAAUACAAGCCUGAACAAUAUACCUAAGAAUACUGUAUGUGUGUAUAUAGAAUUCUAAUGUCUAUACAGAUGUAUUGCUUUUUAUGACAUGUUCUUGCCAGGAUCACAGAGCUGCAAAUCAUCCUAAAUGUGAUAGGACGAUCUGACUGUUGCUAACCAGACUUCUAGAAGCACAUGAGCCAUGUGAUGUGCUUUAAGUACAUUCUAAAUGCUUUCAUACUGUUUAAGCUCUUUCAUACAUAACUGUAUGUAAGCUUCUUUCACAUAAUGGUUCACAUGAUCAGCCUCCUCUCUCCUUCUUGCCCACAUAUACCCGUAGGGUUUCCCUGUGGAUUAAGCCAAGUUUCCAUUGUUGUUAUUACUGUAGUUCAGGAAGAAGCUAAACCGUGUCUGACAAAACAGGGCUGUGGAGUUUGACUCUUGCCCCCUGGAAAACUGAUGGCAUUUAACGUUCUCAAUUAGGAAUGUUAGCUGCAACCUCAGCAUAAAUAAUCUAAAUGUCCCAAUUCUGAAUGAAGCCAUCCUUGAGAAAUGAUUAAGCUCAUCUGGUGUGUCUAAUGAUAAUAGAUUGAGCUCAUCCAAUGUAUCUAAUGAUAAUAGAUUCAGCUCUUUUUGGAAUGUAUCAAAUGCAAUUCGGAUGUCAAUGCUUUAAGCCAUUCUGAACCCUGUUGAGACUGUUCACAAAGAAAUAGUUUAGAGGUCUAUUUUUUUAGACAACCAUGCAAAAGAGUGUUAUAACAUAGAUUGCCAAAGCCUUAAAGAUUUGGAAAUGGAGAAAUGUGCAUCGCUGGUGUGUCUGAUCUGCAAAAUCAGCAUCUUCAUCAGUGGCUAGACUUUAAUGUUGCUGUCUAACUCCAUGCUAACUUCUUUCACCAGCAAAACAUUGAAUUGUCUUUUCUGCAUGGAGGGACACUAAACUCUGUGCUUGAGCGCUACUGUCUGGCAGGCAGAGAGACGUCAUGCCGCCUGGAUCAUUCUGCCACAACAGUGCUUGGAGGUCUUUCAAAAAUCAAGAUUAGACAACUAAGCUCUCUGUUUUUGUUUGUAUUUUCUGAGUAUUAAGGAACGUACACAUUGGCGGAAGUGUCUAGUAGACAGUUAUACUAAUUUUCUUACCUUCUUAUUACCACAAAAGUACAAUCGACUUUUGAGAAGUUGACAUUCUUUCUGGAACACAUCCAUGUAAAGGAGACAUGCAAGAACCUUUUACUCUUUAGUAGCUGGGAUGCUAACUAUUGUUGCUGUUGUGUGUGUGUGUGUGUGUGUGUGUGUGUGUGUUUUCGAACACAUUUGUGGCUCUGCACUCUCUGAGAAACAUCAUUUUACUGUCUCUUAUUGAACGUUACUGAAACACUAUGACUCUUGAACGUGUACUUUCCUGAUUUCUAUUAUUGUGCAAGACAGAGCUGUUAUUGUUUAGGUUUUCUAUUCAAGGAUGUUUAGGGGAAAACCUUAAUGUAUAUAUGUUUGUGAAAAUUGUCAUAUUUCUCCAGCUGGAAUGAGUACCAAUGUCUUUGGGGUAUUGUUGACUAUUGUCGGUUUCUGUGGCCUAUUGUUGCAGUCAGAUGUGUGUAGGUCCGCCCCUCCCCAGUGGUGUGAUUGGUCCCUGGGGGUUUAUUUAGAAAAGGGGCGGAACUACUUCUAUUUUUCUGAAAUGUCAAAAUAUUAUAUUUACUGGAAAAAGAGACAAAACUAUUUUUUAUCUACACAUUUUACUUUGGUUGUGUAAAUGUUAUUCUAGAUAUUACUUUUGUUUUUUUAAAACAGACUUAGAACUAAUAUGAGGAGCUAAUAAAAUCCUAUUUUGUUCUGCG